AUGUCGAGUUUCCACGGCCAUCCUCUCGGAAUCGUUACGCUGAUAGCUCACAUCGUCCAGUGUGCAAGCGCUAUCGUUGUCCUAGGCAUCACGGCCUGGGCUGUUCGCGGUACCAAGACGCUCACAGUCAUUUUUGCUCUUGUUAUAGCUGUCUUAACCCCCGUCGCAUUCGCCCUAUCUACCGGGGCUAGCUGCAUAACCCGAAGCCGAAAAUGGCAUAUACUGCCCAUGUACUUGACUGAUACCGUGCUUUCUUAUUUGUGGCUCACAGCCUUCAUCUUCCUCGCCCAGAACUUCAAUCAAGUCAGCUGCAGUAUCUCACGGUGGAACGGCCAGACUGUUUGCAGCCGGAAAUACGCCGCAGAAGCGUUCAGUUUCAUUGCUUUCUUCAUGACGCUUUGCGCUCUACUGUUCCAAUUCUUCUACUCUUAUAUCUAUAACCCUGAUACUCCGCAACCCAGGGAAGACCAGAGGGCGAAAGAGACUCUGCACGGAAAUCUGGAAACAGCCGGUGUUUUGUAA